UUGCCCAUAUUUAGAACGGAGCCUGACUAUUAUAAACAAGUAAAAUCUCCCAUUGAUCUGACAAGAAUCCAGCAGAAGGUGAAGACUGAGGAGUAUCGCUCGUUUGAGGAAUUUUGCGGAGAUGUGGAGCUUUUGAUAGAAAAUACGCGGACUUACUACAAGGAGGAAACUGAAGAGCACAAAGCGGCCACAGAACUCUUUGAGCUCUACAAAGUUGUUAAGGAUAAAGUUGUCAAAGGUGAACCAAUUGAGGAGCCAAAGACAGACGAUCAUCCGUCGAGCUCGGGUAGUCCUACACCUUCUACUUCGAUAAGAUCGAUCUCACCCGCUCCCUCUCGAGCUUCAUCAACUGGUGUCGGGGAAGAAGUAGAUUCGGAUAUGGUCGAAGACAUUCUUUGUGGCCUUCUUGAGCUGACCGACUCUACCGGACGCCUCAUUUGUCCUCCGUUUAGAGUCCUGCAGAGUAAAGAGGAGUUUCCUGUCUAUUACGAAAAGAUUCGUCAUCCGAUGGAUCUAAAAACGAUCGCUGAGAAAGCGAGAAGUGGGGCAUAUAAACGAAUGUCUCAAGUGGAGGCCGACGUUCGGUUGUUGUGUCGGAAUGCGCAGCAGUUCAGUGGGAAAGGCAGUGAAAUUUACAAGGAUGCCGUUGCUUUGAUAAAUUACUUCAAGGAAAAAAAGGAGCAAGUGUUGGAGAAGGGCGUGCAUCCUAAACGUCGAGACAAAAUACAUCGCGCUGUCGACCAGCUCCUCCAGCAGGUCGCCCUUCCAACCAAUGCUGAGCUUUCUGAAGACUCUGAAGAGGAUGAGGACACGGAAGAGAGCGAUGUGCGUAUGAUUCCUUAUUUUUUGUAUGAUGAUAAAAAUUUGGUGAAUGUUUGA